AUGAAGGACGAUAAUGAAUUUAUUCAACAACAAAAUGAAAAGGCACACAAAUAUAUGUUUGAGGAUUUGCAGGAAGAGCUAGUAGUAGCCGACGAAGAAGAAGAAGCAGACGAAGACAAUGAUGUAUCGGUUGAUGAAUUUGAUGCUGUAGAAACUACUCUUACAACAGCAACAACAAUAACAGACUCUAUUAUCACAGAUCCUGCCAUUGAUGCAGAGAAUUCAGCAGAGAUGCUUAUGAUAUAUAAACUGAACGACGAUAAUGAUAAUGAUGUUGAUGAAGAUGAUGUGCUUGAGGAAAUUUCAACCGAUGCAGUUAUGAAAACGAAUAGUAAAACUUCAGCUACUACUACUACUACUACUUGUACGAGGAGACGACCGGAAUUGGCAAAGUCUACUCCUAAUUCUUUUGCUAAUAAUGUUGAUAGUGAUACUGAUACUAAUAGUGAUGAUGAAGAUGCUGCCAAUUGCAAGGAGGUGAAGAUUUCACAAAGAAAUGCACACCAACAACAACAGCAACAACAACAACAACACAUCCUCACAAAUAACAUACCAUACAGAAGUAGUAAAUUUAGCAAAACGUCAAAGAAAACCAAUUACAACUACAACAACCAUCAAGUGUAUCGAAAUACAAAAGCAAGUGUUUCGAAUACAGCAACUACUACUACUACUACUACUACUACUCCUUUAUAUAAAAAGUAUAAUAUUUGUAAGUUUAGUAAUAGUACUAUAACUACAACCACCAUCAACCAUAAGUUGUUUGAUAAUGAUAAUGAUGAUGAUGAUAAUAUUUUUAAAAAUAAUUCUAAUGAUCAUGUUAACUCUAAGUUUAGUAUUAGUAAAAAUCACAUUGUAACUGUAACAAAUUUGCAAGCCGCAAGUGUAAAACCCCGUUCACAAUGCUCAUUCAAUCCGGAUUUAAGGCUCUUCUCAGCUGAUUUUUAA